ACGUUAAGUAGUAUAAAGAUGAAAUAAAGUAAUAAUGAAAACUAAGUUGACCGAUUAAUACAUUUAAAACUAAAUAUUCGAACAGCUUUUUUCUAUUUUUGAAAACCGGUAAAUUCAUUAUCUGGGACCGAAACCAUUUGGGGUCGAAAUUGCUAGGUGGCGAAACGUUUAAGCAUCGCUGUGACGUAUGUCGAACAGACGAUAGACCGAUUUGGGAAGAGGAAAGGAAAGUUUAUUUCUAUCCGUUUAGAUAAUUGUUCCCCGUGAAAAAAAGUUUCAGAGAGCAGUAGUGAUACGGAAUCUGAAAACCACAGUGUGGUGAUCCGGAAAUUCAGACCAAACUCUGUAAAACUGACAGUAUCAAGGAAGGAAACUGAUGGGUUCCCAGGCUGUGUCUGGCUGUGCUAUUGACUGAGAGGUCAAAGAGAGAAUAUAUGUGGUUCCCAGGUUGUUUCUGGCUGUGCUGUUGACUGAAAGAUCAACGGGAGAAUAUAUGUGGUUAUGACCCAGACCGCCCACAUCAUGGACACAGCAAGCUCCCAAUACAUCACAGCAAGCUCCCCAUACCGAGUACAUCUGUGUUCUAAGUGUCCGGGGGACACAGCGUACUAUUGUGUAUCGUGUCCAUGUGAUCUGUGUCCUCAGUGUAAAGAGAACCAUGUAAAAGAUCUCCAAACAAUAGACCAUGAUGUUGUGUCACACCGUGAUAAAAUCAACUACAUCCCAACACAAGAGAUCUGUGUGAGACAUCCUAGCCAUGUUUAUACAAAGUACUGUGAACCGUGUCAAGUUCCUGCCUGUAAUAAUUGCCAAACACAUAGAAAACACACUCAGAUAGAUGUUAAAACAGCCUAUAAAACAAAGCGACAACAACACAGAGGAACCAUUCACACCAUCAGAAGUGAGGCUCUCUUUUACAGACCUGUUCUCCUGACAGGAAUCAAAGCUGAUGUCAAAACCUGUCACACAGAAUUCUCCCCCCUUCAAUCAGAGAUGUUAACAAAGGCCCAGAGACUGAAGGAUCUCAUUGACUAUGUGGUAUAUGAUCUAUUGAACUAUGUGUUAUGUUACUUUGAUUUCAAACACAGAUGUGAAAAACAAAAGAUAGAAAUGAUCAGACAUAUUGGCAGACUAAGGAGAUAUGAACACAGAUAUGUACAGCCAGCAUUCACAUUCAGUGCGCUACAAUUCCUCUCCUUCACAAAGACAGCCCUCCCCCAGAUACAUCUUACACUCCACACCAGCCAGCUCUCCAUGACUGAGUCACUCAACAAGGAGGAUGUGAUGGAGUCACUGAGUGCAAUCCAAAUCACAGAGAGAGGAAACCGACGCGUAGGAAACCAGUGUCGGCUGAAACUGACGUCUGGUGCUGAGCUCCAUCAUUCUCUCACACUGACAGGUGUUGAUCGUUGUUUUCACAUUUCCUGUGUGACAUCAGACCGGGUCUGGGUCAAUGAUUGGAACAAUCUCAUGUUGACAGACACAACAGGUGUCCCUCUACAUCGUGUGGAGGAUUCAUGUUUUGGUGUAGGAAUACACACAGUGAACAGUGAGAGUGAACUGAUUUAUAUAGAUAGGAAACAUAACAUCAACAAACUGUCAAAGGAUAUGAAAACAACCACCACAUUUAUAGAGAGAACAGACUCUACAUGGGAACCACGGUGUGUGUACUGGUCCACUGGGGAUCUACUGGUCGGGAUGUAUAACUAUGAUACAAAGACAGGCAAGGUAACAGGCAAGGUAACCCGGUACAACCAGAGUGGACAACUCACACAAACCAUACAGUACCACAACACAGGACGGGGACUGUAUAGUGAUCCUCGCUAUAUAACAGAGAACAACAAUGGGGAUGUCGUGGUGUCUGACUCUUGGUCUCGUGCUGUAGUGGUGACAGAGCGUGGAGGAAGACAUCGUUUCUCCUACACAGGACCUCCAUCAGGAUCAGUACUAGUGCCACGUGGAAUCUGUACUGACGCGCUGUCACACAUCCUGGUGUGUGAUUAUACAACCUACACAGUACAGAUGAUAAAUAAGGACGGUCGGUUCCUGUCACAUCUACUGACAGAAUCACAAGAGAUGGGUUAUCCAUGCAGCCUGAGUUAUGAUGUCAACACUCACCGUCUCUGGGUCGGAUCAUUUUACAACAACAAGGUGUGUGUCUACAGGUAUAUCACCAGACAGGACGCUCUGACAGAUGAACACAGACCCCGUCCUGAUGAGGACACCAUGUCCAGCUCAACACCAGUCGUAUAAUGGAGAUAGCUGGGAUAUUGACAGACAAGCUGCUUUUCAAACGCCUUCAGGGGGAGACAGAAGAAAACCUUCCAGGAUUAUCCAUAAUUCCAAUGGAGUUACAGAAGCCAAAUAAUUACCGAUCA